AAAUUCGGGUGUAGCGCCCAAAAGCGAUAAAUAACACCCUGGAUAAGGCAGGAUCCCAGCAUUCUUCCACAGGAUGGAAUUCUCCUCCCACCACAUUCGUCUUCUACAACAGUUGGAUGAACAGCGGCGGAGGGAUCUCUUUUGUGACUGUCACAUUAUAGUGGAGGGUCAGAUGUUUAAAGCACACCGUAAUGUCCUGUUUGCCAGUAGUGGUUACUUCAAAAUGCUUCUGUCUCAAAGCUGCAGGGACAUGGGUGAACCAAUCACAGCCACCUUUGAUGUGUUUUCUGCUGACACAUUUACAGCCAUCCUAGACUUUGUUUACUCGGGCAAAUUGCCUCUUUCUGGACAAAAUGUUAUUGAGGUUAUGUCGGCUGCCAGCUAUCUUCAGAUGACUGAUGUUAUCAGUGUUUGCAAGAUGUUCAUCAAAUCUUCCUUGGACAUAAAUGAGAAGGAUAGAGAUGGUUUCUUCAGCCUUUCAGACAAGGACACUGGUAGUAAUGGUUCUGGGCUUUAUGCUGCUGGUUGGAGGACUGAGAACAGCCCGACACACACACAUGAGACUGCAGAGCAUGGCAGCUUUAUUGCAGGUUAUAAUUACCCCCCUCCAAUUACCUCCCGGUUGCAGCGCCCAUUUUCUAAGCAUCCACGAAAACCAGAGCUUGUUCGCAAGCAUCGUAGGCGCCUACUGCCAGAACCUCUGACACCAGCACCACUCAGUCAUAUUCCACUGGGUGACUUAGUGGGAGGUUCAGCAGAAUGUAUGCUGCAAGAUGAGGAAACAGUUGAGAGUGUGUCACUAGAAGAGGAAAGAGCCCAAGCACAGGAGACCAUAAUAAUUACUAAAGAGGAGGAUGAAGAUGUUGCUUCUCACAGUUGGCCUGAAUCUCCUCAGCAGGAGUCUCUGGAACAAGGUUCAGCUCUUCAUAUAGCUAAGGCAGAAGAGCUGUACAAGGCAAUGCCUACAAUCCUGGGAGGAGCAUCUGGAUGGGGUGAAGAUGAAAUAAGUUCUGGGAGGUUUAAAUGCCCUUUCUGCACCCAUACUGUGAAACGCAAAGCAGAUCUAAAACGUCAUCUACGCUGCCACACAGGAGAGCGACCAUACCCAUGCGAAGCCUGUGGCAAGAGGUUCACCCGACUGGAGCACUUGCGCAAUCACUUUCAGACAAUUCAUGAGGCUGGUAAGCUAAUCUGCCGAAGGUGCAAACUUCCGGUAACCAAAGUAACAGGUCGUGUUAUUCAGGAUGGGACAAGGAGAUACCGCCUUUGCCAUGCAUGUCUGGCAGAAGCUGGCUUGGAUAACGUCAACUUUGACUAUGGAGAAGACCAGCCAUUGGUGCUGCCACCUGAAAAUGAGAGGGAACAAUGCUGGAAUUUCAAGGAAGAAGAAAGAAAGGAAAAUGGGAGUGAGCAAGCAGAGUCAGACCUAGUUAUUCAGGAGGUGGUAGACAGUGAAGAGGAAGAACUGAAACAAAAACAAGACUAAAGUAUCGUUGGAUGCCAAUAGCCAUAUUUAAUAUAUGAAUUCUUCAUAAAUUUCAUGACCUUUUCACCUCAUCAUUUAAGAAGCAUACACCUACCUAGCAUUUCACAAAUGAACAAAAAUUAUUUUGUUUUUACAUUGUUUGUGAAUGCAGAAUUCAGACGUGUACACUCUUACCAACAAACAGCUUAAGGACAGAAUCUUCCUAAUUACAGUCUACAUCAUGCAUUCCACUUACUGGUCUAAAUAUUUCCUAUGACUACCUGACUGUAUUCAUCAGUAGAUCAAAGGUCCACUAUAACCUAAAAAUGUUCCUAAAUUAAGGUAAUGUCACCCUAGGAUACUGUGAAUGGCAACUGCUGCAAUGCACCUUGUCUUGUCUGUUGAGGUGUAUAUCACUCAAAUGCAGAGCUGAGCAUUUGAUUGAUAUGCACCUAUCACAAAGGACAAAGUAUGCUGCAGCCACUCACUCUGAAGUGAGUGGCUGUGAAUUUUAGUGUUCUGUUCCCCCACCCACAAAGUAAAUUUGAAAAUGCCAGGUUGACAAAAAUCUCACAGUACUCCAUUACCCCGAAUGUAGGGACAGCAGAAUACAUUGCAUAGUUGCUAUGUUGUCUAUGUACAGAUUAGGAACAAACUCUUGGUUUCAACAGGUGAUGCUGUGUCUGGACAAUUCCAUUACUGUGUUGGCUUCUUGGAAGUGAAUUAUUAAUCUACAAAAGCUGAUAAUUAAGUUUUUCAAAAGCCAUCUUCAAACAGCGAUUUUAAACAAUCUGAUUCUUUACCUGAUAUGCCAACCUUAAAGUGGGUGAUAUCAGGCUGGGCCAUUUGGCCUUUGGGCCAAAUUAUGGGAUCACAGCGGAGAUACAGGUUGUAGGGCCAAGGCUUGCAUCAUCAAGCUGACACAGUUCUGGAACAAUGGCAUUUUUAAACCUGAUCAUGUACCAUCUUUAUAGGGACUAGUAAACAUGAGGCAAGAAUAA